GAGGAGGAGGAUGAGGGUGGCGGCGGCCGGGCGGCCACGGCGAGCCCGGCCGCGUCCGCCCGCUUCGUGCGGUGCCUCUACGCGGUGGGAUUCCUGGAUUUAUUUGGAGUGAGCAUGGUGGUUCCUUUAAUGAAUCUUCAUAUCAAAUCUCUAGGAGCAAGUCAUACAGUUGCUGGAAUCAUAGGAUCUCUCUAUGGUAUAAUGCAGCUAUUUACCAGCACAUUUGUGGGCUGCUGGAGUGAUAUAGUAGGAAGACGGUAUUCCCUGCUUGCUUGUAUUCUUCUCAGUGCACUGGGUUACUUCCUUCUUGGAAAUUCCACCACAGUGUUCCUGUUUGCUAUUUCUAGGAUCCUUGUAGGUAUUUUCAAACACACACUGUCCAUCUCUAAAGCCCUGCUGUCUGACCUGGUCUCGGAGAGAGAUCGCCCUUUAGUGAUGGGGCGCUUCAAUGCAGCCUCCAGUGUGGGCUUCAUUCUGGGACCUGUUGUUGGUGGCUACCUUGCAGAGUUCAAAGGUGGCUUUUACCAAACAGCCUUCAUCUGUGCCUCCAUCUUCCUUCUGAAUGGUGGUCUGGUCUGGAUGUUACCCUGGAGUGAAGAAAACACUAGCAAUAGGAACCAUUGCCAAGACAAAGAAACAAACAGUUUCUCAGCAAAAUCAAAUCAUGAACAUCACUUGAAAUCAGCAACUAGUAGAGCUGUGACAAACAGUAGUUUUUUCCAGUCUCCAUGGAUCCAAGUUGCAACAGUGCUGAAGAAAAUUAAAGGAAUAGCAUGCUCUAAUUUGUGGGAUGUAUUUUUAGUGCGGUUCCUGAUGUCUGUUGCUAUACUGUUGUAUUAUAGUAAUUUUACUCUUGCCUUGGAGGAGAGAUUUGGGGUGAAACCCUUGUUUUCUGGAUACCUCAUGAGCUAUAGCAGUGCACUGGGAGUCCUGGCUGGUUGUUUGCUCGGACCAAUAACGAGACUCUAUGGGCACAACACUUACAGACUUCUGUUGCACUCCAGCACUUUUACCUGCACACUGAUUCUCCUGUAUGCCUCAGCACCGAGCAUAUGGAUGGUCAUUCUGUCCUCCACCUUCUUGGCCUUCUCCACCACUAUUGGCCGUACCUGUAUCAUUGACCUGGAGCUGACCGUCGGUGGGAACGAGGCCAGCGGGACACUCCUGGGUGUGGGACAGUCAGUGACAUCAGUGGGACGUAUUAUUGCCCCACUCCUUUCUGGAAUUGCUCAGGAGUUCAGUCCUUGUGGCCCUCCAAGUCUAGCUGUGGGACUAGCAUUAGUUGCUAUUGGGAUAAUGAACGCAAACAAACAAAAAUACCGUAGUCAUGGAAGUGUGAAAUUAAAGAACCAGUAGUCACAAUUUUGGAUUGCACAGAUGUAUCUUCACCUGCCAGGCUUGUACAGUUAUUACAUGAUUUUUAAGGAGAGCACAUUAUGUUCCCGCGGAAGCAAGUAUAUAUAUAUAUAUAUAUAUAUAUAUAUGUAUUUCUGCUGCAGGGAUUUUAAGUCUAGACAGGUAUUAUUCCAGCAGGUACAACCGUCUAGACAGAUGUUAUUCCAACAGGUACCACUAUUUCUAAGAGGAGCACAUGUUGCUAUAUUGUACUGGCUGUGAUUUUUUAAAUGUAUUUUUACCCUUUCUCAAGGAGAAAAAAGAAUGUCGGGAAGCGCACAAAUCCUGCUUGUAUCUCAUUUUUGAAACAGUGUUUAGAUUGAAAGAUUGUUUAAAAAAGGUGAAUCAAAGGUGAAUUAUUUAAUCAGGAGAAUUUGCAAUAUGUUUGGCCUUAAUUUCUUAUUUUGUGGUCUGUUUCCUUUUGUCUGUUAUGACAGUACCUUAUAUAACAGGAUGUUUGCUUAUGUGAUUUUUGUGUAGCAUGUUUUGUCCAGACCAUGGUUAGGCACUUUGGAGUAAUCCUGAAACCCCUGCUGACUCCUGGUCUUUCCCAAGUAACAGAAUUGGGUAUAUGCUAACUUCAUGUACUAGAAGACCUAAUCUUAGAAUAAUAGAAGGCCAUUCAGACUGAAACUGAGGCUGAAUUUAAGUUUUAUUGAAAUUUGAACUGGUGGCCUCUGUUUAGUAAUAACUUCUACUGAGGAACUUUGUCAUAAUUUCUUUAUUUAUAUUUCCUGUGCAAUUUUUCUACCUUCACUUUAAGAAUAAAUGUCCUUCUUAAUUCUCUCAAAUGACUAAAGGUGUGAGCAUCUACCAGUAGUUCAUGGAUCUGGAUUAAUGCAUCGUGUUUCAUCUCAGGCAUAAGUGACAUUUCAGUGACAAGAGAAAUACAGUUUUGUUAGCAUUUUAGUCCUCAUUUGUGUGCAUGGCUUAACUGAAAAGAGGUUACUCUCAGAGCUGUACAGAGUUGUAGCACUCCUGUGCUAUUUACUGUUCAAACUCAUUACUUGCAAGUUACCAUUGUUUGUAUUUCAUAUGAAACAUGGAAAAAAUGUAUUUUGCUCUGAUAGUGUUCUCUAUGACCUUCAUUACAUUACUUGAUGAAAGUACAAAGUCAACUAUGUAAGUGCUUGUUUGGGGGGGUUUUAUGCAAUUCAGUUAUCCCUUGAACACAUCAGUGCAAACACUCUUCCUGCUCCAGGUCAGUCAUGGGUGGUGCUUGUGUUUAUUUUAAUUUUCUUCCUUACCUUUUCCACUGCCUACUAGCAGUCAAAUAUUUUCUGAAACCUCUGUGAUUCCAGUGGCAGCACCAUAGGGAUUCAUAUAUGGAACUCUGAAUUGUUUUAAUUUUAUUUAUUGAUAUAAUCAGUGUCUUAUUCCUACUGUGAUUUCAGUACAUAUCCUGAGAGUUCUUUAUUACAGUAAUGUAUGUUUCAUUUCUCUCUAGAAACGUGGCAUUUUCAAGUCUCUUAUCUUCUCUUGCCAUUCUUGGUAGAUGCCCAAAACAUUGCUAUAAACUUCUUAUUUUGUUUCUUUCCA